AUCGUUGAUCCGAUACCGAGCAACGGUGGCCGAUAACCCAGGAAACCUUUUCCAUUCUGACUUUCAGGGUUCGGGAUCUAUCCAGAGGCCUACCAACGUAAUGGCGCCGACGACACUGCGUGACGAAACGGCGGGCGUCGAGUCUCGCAAUGCUAAUGUUAUCGCGCCUACCGACGCACCGAAGCGCUCGCCAUGGAAGGCCUGGAUGUACCUGUGGGAGUGGUACCCCAAACACUACCCUGAAGAAGAGCGCAAAUUACUGCGAAAGAUGGAUGCUUGCCUCCUCACAUUUUGCUCCUUCAUGUUCUUCCUCAAAUGGCUCGACUCAAGCAACAUCAACAACGCUUACGUAUCCGGCAUGAAGGAGGAACUGAGCCUGAACGGGAACCAGUAUUCCCUCUUCGGCACCUUCUACAAUCUUGGCUAUCUCGUCUUCCAGAUCCCGUCGCUGCUCAUACUGUCCCGGCCUAAGCUGGCAAAGUAUUACCUGCCCACCAUGGAGGUGCUCUGGUCCAUUGUCACGUUUUGCCAAAGCCAGAUGCGCAAUGAACAUGAUAUCUACGGGACGCGAUUUAUCUUAGGUCUGCUCGAGACGCCAGUGGCGAGUGGUACGACGUAUAUUCUCGGAAGCUGGUAUCGGCCUGAGGAAGUGUUCAAGCGCACCGGCGUUUGGUUCGUAUCAAACAACAUCGCAGUCAUGUUCGGUGGCUAUCUCCAAGCUGCGGCGUACAAGAACCUGAACGGUCACGGCGGAAUGGCUGGCUGGCGAUGGCUCUUCAUUAUCGAUGGCAUUAUCUCGCUGCCAAUCGCAAUAGCAGGGUUCUUCAUCUUCCCUGGGCUUCCUUCCAGCAAGAAACCAUGGUGGUUGACAGAAGCGCAACAUGAACUUGCGAGGAGAAGAGUCCGGGAUGUCGGGAUCGAGCCUAGCGGAAAGCUGGACUUCAGUGUUAUCAAACGAACGCUGAGGAGGUGGGAGUUCUAUGUCGGCGUGAUAGCUUACACCUUCUUCCUCUCAUCUUCUUACCCCCACGGUCAGAUGGCUCUAUGGUUGAAAGACCUCGCGAGUAAAUACGGCAGUUAUACCGUACCUCAGAUCAACACUAUUCCGACCGGCGCUCAGGGUGUCUCCGUGGUUGCGGCUUUAUUAGCAACUUCCCUGUGCAUGAUAUAUCCGCUGUGGUCGAUCUUUUCCAUCGUGCAGGUCAUCUACAUGUUUGCGAACAUCUGCCUCUUGGUUUGGGUAAUACCCAAGGGCCUUCACUUUGCCUGUUAUUACCUGCUUGGAGUGUCGGCGGCUGUCACGCCUAUCCUAAUGCCGUUCAUAAACAUGGCCAUGCGCGAUGAUGCCGAGGCUCGUGCGGUCACCGUUGGAGCUAUGUUGACGGCUGGCUGGGCGGUAUACUCCUUCUACCCGAUCGUGGUUUUCCCAGUCAUCGAGGCUCCGCGAUGGACAAAGGGCUACUCUGUGAACAUCGCGUUCGUCUUCUUCACAUGGUUCUUCUUCAUAGUUGGACAGUACCUUUACCGGAAAGAUGAGAAGAAGCGUGAGCUACGGGCGAUUGCGCAGACCACAAAGGAUGAAGAGGAUGGCAUGAACAUUAGCGACAAGGCUGUGGGAGAAGUUGUGGAGCAUAUCGAGCAAAGGCAUUGAAGGCGAUGAUGUUUGGGCCAAGUCGCGCGACGCCACUAGCCGCCUAGGCCGUCAGCACUAGUUAGCCACUCUCGCGCGAGCCAGGGCC